CACAUGAAUACCAGUACACACACACUUUUAGGUUUAUAUUGAAUUUUUGUGCUUACUGUGUUGCUGAUAUGCAAAUCUGUCCACAAUUUCUGCGAUUCUCUGAUUGGUUACUGCUCCACUGAUGCGGCCAAUAAGGUUUCGAGGUUGAUUAUCAUUAUUAUGUCGAAAAUACGAGCAGAUUUCAUAAUUUCAGACCUUAGGCAUGGCGUGCAAAUCGUUGUUAUCGUGUUGCAGAUAAAGACGUAUUUAUAAAUAUGGAAAAUCUUUUAAUGAACCGCGAUGUGCGGUUUGAGGCGUGGUGACGUCACGGCACGAGUGCUGCAUCUUGCGUGCGUGAUAACAUCUUUAGUUUGUUGUUGUCUGACUGUUGUCAGCGAUACUUUGCUCUUCGAUAAUUCUCGUCAGUUUGAGGGACUUUAUCAUCUAAAAAUGAAGGACAUGGACAAGAGAAUUCUCUUACCCUGCCUCAGUGUCAGAGGUCAACGGCUUUCUGACCGAUCUUCUGCUCUGAGUCUGACGGCGAUCAGACAGAAGUCGAGCAGAUCUUCAUUCCUGCCGCCCAUCGAGCAGAAUGGAAAACUGCAGAGGACAGAAGCUUCAAAACUUCUUGAGCGUCGAGGCUUUAGAGCUUCUUCAAAUGUGUUCGUCCUGUCUGAGAGAAACACGACCGACACGAGGAACACAACGUCUUUGUUCCGUCCAUCUUUACCUGUCAGGAUGGACACACGUACGUCUGGAAGCAGUAAGAACACGCGUGGGGUGUCUAAAAACACGCCUGUUUUGGAUGCAACACGUCUUCCUGUGAACCCCAUCACCGCCCUGAAAAGAACGGGCAACAGCCUCAUGGGAGAACAUCUUCCUUUAUGUCAUCUCAACAAAAACAUCUGGACCCGUGAUGAUGAUGAUGAUGAAGGUGUAAAGAUGAGGAGGAGGCUGCCAGUGAGACUCAUUCCUUUAGAGAUACCGAACAACAGCAGCGCUCAUCCAAACCAUCUCACCUCACAAGACCUCAAGCCUUUAAAACGGACAAGAACAAAAAGGAUUUAAUUGUAUUACUUUUGUGAGAUUGUCCAUAGUCUUCAUGAAGACAGGGCAUCUCUGUGCAUGAAAAAAUUCACUGUGCAUGUGCAUCAUAGAAAAAAACGGACUUUGUGCAAAGAAAAAUGAUUUUGUGCAGAAAAAACUAACUUUGUGCUGAAUAAAAAAAAAAUCUAUUUUUAAGUGUCUCGUUAUUAUGUCUCAACACACUUUGUGCAGAAAAAAAGUUUGCAUGAAAAAACUA